CCUGGCCCUGACACCUCCUCACCCUGCGGCUUCUACAACCCCGACCCCCAAGGCCUGGUCACCUUCCCCACCCACCUCUUCAGCUUGCUCUCAGGAGUGGGUUUUCUAGAAUGGUCUCCUCUCUUCUAUGGGUUCUACCCACCCCGCCGACACCUAGCGGUCGCCUACCUGUGCUCCGUCUUUGUCAUUGGCCUUCUGCACCUGGUGCUCAUCCUCCACCGCUCCGUGUCAGGACUGAAACAGACGUUGUUGGCUGAGUCCGGGGCCCUGACCAGCUACAGCCACCGCGUGUUCAGCGCCUGGGACUUCGGGCUCCGUGGGGAUGUCCACGUGCGGCUGCGUCAUCGCAUCAUCCUGUACGAGCUGCAGGUGGAGCUGGAGGAGGCCGUGGUACGGCGCCAGGCAGCAGUGCGGACCCUGAGCCAGCAAGCCAAGGUGUGGUCGGUGCGGGUUCUGCUCAAUCUGCUGGUGAUUGCGCUCCUGGGAGCAGCCUUCUACGGGGUCUACUGGGCUACAGGGGCCACUGUGAAGCUGCAGGAGAUGCCCCUUGUCCAGCAGAUGCCACUGGUGAAGCUUGGGGUGGAUUACCUUCCGUCCAUCUUCAUCUCUGGGGUCAACUUCUUGCUGCCACCUGUGUUCAAGCUCAUCGCCCCGCUGGAGGGCUAUACCAGGAGCCGCCAGAUUGUUUUUAUCCUGCUCAGGACCGUGUUUCUCCGCCUGGCCUCCCUGCUGGUGUUGCUCUUCUCUCUUUGGAAUCAGAUCACUUGCGGGGGCAAUGCUGAGGCUGAGGAGUGCAAAACCUGUGGCUACAAGUACAAAGAGCUACCGUGCUGGGAGACUCGGCUGGGGCAGGAGAUGUACAAACUCCUGAUCUUUGAUCUGCUGACUGGACUGGCUGUCAUGCUGCUCAUCCAGUUUCCUCGGAAGCUGCUCUGUGGCCUCUGUCCCGGGCCGCUGGGACGCACGGUGGGAACCCAGGAGUUCCAGGUGCCCGACGAGGUGCUGGGACUCAUCUACGCGCAGACGGUGGUCUGGGUAGGGAGUUUUUUCUGCCCUUUACUACCUAUGCUCAACACGGUCAAGUUCCUGCUACUUUUCUAUUUGAAGAAGUUCACCCUUUUCUCCACCUGCUCUCCGGCCUCCCGCACCUUUCGGGCCUCCACAGUGAACUUCUUUUUCCCCUUGGUCCUUCUUCUGGGUCUGACCAUCUCUGCUGUUCCCGUCCUUUAUAGCAUCUUCUUGAUCCCACCUUCUAAGCUGUGUGGCCCCUUCCGAGGUCAGUCGUCCAUCUGGGCCAAGAUCCCUGAGUCAAUUUCCAGUCUCCCUCGGAUCGCCCAGAACUUUCUCUUUUUCCUGGGGACCCAGGCUUUUGCUGUGCCUCUUCUGCUAAUCUCCAGCAUCCUGAUGGUGUAUACCUUGGUCUUGGCUAACUCAUAUGGACGUCUCAUCUCUGAGCUCAAACGCCAGAUAGAGACGGAGGCGCAGAAUAAGGUCUUCCUGGCACAGCGCGCUGUGGCACUGAGCUCGGCCAGCGGGGCUCUUUGACCUCCCCUACCC